UGUCCAGCCCCCUCUCCAACAUUUAUUUAACCCUUUACAACCUUUGCAUUUAGCAUAUCUCUUUGUCUUCUCUAUUUAUUUUUGUGUAUGUUUUUAGCACAAAAAAGGAGUACUCAAAACCCCCCAAAAAAAGAAAAAGAAAAAUCCCACUUGAAUUUUGAAAAAAAGGAACCAAAAAUAAGAAAAUAAUGUGCGGCUCAACUCCAACUGUUGUGGAAACUGGUCGAACCCUUAUUGUCGGUUCGACUGGUUUUAUAGGCCGGUUCAUUGCCGAAGCCUGCCUUGAUUCUGGCCGGCCCACUUAUAUCCUAAUCCGGUCUUCUCAAACCUCACCUUCCAAGAUGAGCACCCUGAAAUUCUUACAAGACAAAGGAGCUAUUGUGUUACAUGGCUCCAUUGACAAUAGAGAAUUGAUGGAGAGAAUUCUGAAAGAGCAUAAGAUUGAGAUAGUGAUAUCAGCUGUUGGUGGUGAAAGGGUUUCGGACCAACACGUUUUGGUGGAAGCCAUCAAAGCUGUUGGCACUGUCAAGAGGUUUUUGCCAUCGGAGUUUGGGCACGACAUAGACCGAGCUGAUCCGGUACCGCCUGGACAAAUCAUGUACAACGAGAAGAGAAAAGUCAGAAGGUCUAUCAAGGCGGCUGGAAUCCCAUACACCUACAUUUGCUGCAACUCUAUUGCAGCUUGGCCUUAUCAUGACAACACCCACCCUGCUGAUGUUCUUCCACCGUUGGAUCAUUUCAAGAUUUAUGGUGAUGGAUCUGUCAAAGCUUACUUUGUGGCGGGUUCGGACAUCGGAAAAUUUACCUUAAAAGCAAUAGAUGAUGUUCGAACACUGAACAAAACUGUUCAUUUUCAACCAUCAAGCAACCUACUGAGCAUGAACGAGCUUGCAUCUUUAUGGGAGGACAAGAUUGGCCGCAAGCUUCCUAGACUCACUAUCACUGAGGAUGACCUUCUUGCUGCUGCUAAUGAAAUGCGCAUCCCAGAAAGCAUUGUUGCAGCCCUUACUCAUGACAUUUUUAUCAGAGGCUGUCAAAUUAAUUACACCCUUAACAGCUCUAAAGAUGUUGAAAUCUGCUCUCUCUACCCAGAAACUCCAUUUAGACCAGUGGAUGAGUGUUUCCAAGAUUUUGUUACCAAAGCACUUGGUGUUGCCAAUGUUGUUGAAAACAAGCCAAAAGGCAAAGAUGGUAUCCUUGCUACAAAUUCUAAGCCAGCAGAAGCUUUGGUGAUCACUGCCCAAUGUGCAUGAUGGAUGAUGAUGAAUAUUAUUGUGACCCAAUAUGCUGUGUCACUUAAAUAAAUAAAAAUUAUUGUAAUUUUAAAUAUUAUUAUUUGUUCUCCUAGAAUCAGAAGACAGUGUAUUAUUCUAUUUAUGUAUUAUAAUGUAUCUCUAAUGAUUUUAUAUUCCAAGAAAAUAGUGGUUCACUAGUUAGAAUGGCAGCAUAUGUGGAAGUUUUAAUUUUAUCGGCAGCUUGUGAACGACAAUAUUGAGAGUGUAAGCAAUGAAAUAAUUAUACCCCAGAAAAAUAGGGGAAUAACUUUAUUAUUAAUAAAUUUGUAAUUACUUUUUCCAAAUUGGGGAAAGUUUAUUUUCAUUAAAA